UAGUCCCUUAAUUACUUUGUAUUUGCUUUGCUCAUCUGACCUACGUAAUUGCUUGCCGUGAAACACCCAGCCUUAGUCUUAGACCAAACAGGAAAUGCUACUGCAAUAGGAGGCAGCUCAGAAUGAAGAACCCACUUGCUGGCUGCACGCAUGAUCAGGCAUACCAAGCGCUGAAAGGGUAUUCUAAAAAUGGAGAUAAUUACUGCAAGCAACUCUUAUCUAUCCUGCAACAGAGAACUAGUUUGGAGAUUACAUAUGCUAAAGGACUGGAGAAAUUGGCAAAUAAGCUUGCCAAAAUGCUGACUAAAAUAAAAGUGAACUACAUUCAUAGUACUUCGCUUUGUGUUUCGGAGGAGCUGAAAUCUGAAUCAGAUUUGCACAGAAAGCUUGGCAAAGCCAUUCAGACAGAAGCAAUAAACCCAAUGAAUCGUAUCCUGCAGGACCAUGAGAAGAAGAAAAAAAUAGUAGAUAAUACAGUUGAAAAGGCAGCCGAAGCAGUUACCAGCAACUGGCGUCAACAGUUAAAGGCCAAGAAGAAGUUAAAAGAGCUGACCAAGGACCACGAAGCACUUUUCCGUGAUACAGAAAGCUCCCACCCAUUGGCUUCCCCAAAGAGCAAAAAAAAGUUGCUCAGAAACCUAGAAAAAUCUGCUAUCAAACUGGCAAAGGAAGAUGAAGACUAUUACAAGAAGAACUUAACUGCCUGUGAAACUCGUGUGAAAUGGGAGCAGGCAUUAGAAAAUGGGCACCAGAGCAUUCUUGACCUUGAGAAAGACAGACUCCUGCUUUUCUGCAAUACAUUACAUCGUUACAGCCAGCUUCUUUCUCACUUUGGACAAAGCCUCAUCGCGUGCCAUGCAAAGGUUCACAGUGUCGUCGCUGAAGCAGAAGCUGACAAGGACGUGCAGAUGUUAGUGAAUGAAAUAUCAGUAACUGCCGCAGAGACCAAGCUUGAACUCUUGUUGACGGACUACUAUGAAGAAGAUAUGAUGAGCCUAAUUGAAAAAGAGAGGAGACAAACUGCCAUUAAAGCGAAAAUAACACGGGUACAAACAGACUUGGAGAAGGCCCUACAGGACAAAACAGGCUUGGAACGGAUGCUUCAGGCUUACAAAGAAACCCCACAGUUUUCAGAUGCAAAGAAUAUAAAUGAUACCAUUGCGCAGCUUAAUGAGGCAACAUUGAAAGUUUCCCUUCUGCAAGCAAAUCAUUUCAAAUUGAGGAGUGCACUUGCCGAAAUUGAAAAGAAGCCUAAACCGUCUCAUCUCUGCAAUGACUGCAUUUCAAAAUGGAAAGAAAAGGACUGUCUACAUAGUUCUGUGACCAUCACGUGCCCUGUUACCAUGAAGAGCAUUAAGCAGGCCUUGAAAACGAGGAACCCCAGUGAAUCUGGGAUUAGCUCAAACUGCUUGCCAGAAACAGGGAGCAGCGCGAAUUCCACCACCUCCUUGCGACUGGAGAAUUCAGAAAGCGGAACGUGUCGAGCUGUGUACGAUUACCACGCAGAAAGAGAGGAUGAGCUUUGCUUAAGUAAAGGCGAUUUAAUUGUAAUUCAUCACAAAGAUGAGAGCGGCUGGUGGUACGGUUCUAGAAAAGGGGAAAAAGGCAAUUUUCCUGCUACAUAUGUGGAAGAAGUCACUCUCUCGACUGACAGGAGAGACGAAGAACCUUCUCUUUAAAACAAAAGGAAAAAUAAUCAGCCCAACAUGGAUAACAAAUCCAACAGACAUGUUUCUAUGCUCGGAAUAGAAUAAUCUUCUUUAUUUAUAAGAAGCUCUGAAAGGGAUAUUUGGUGAAUUAGCAUUGGAACAAAACAAUUAGAGACAACUUACAUUGAACCCCUUUUAAAUGAUACUAACUCUUAAAUUAUUACAUUAACCAGUCAUUUAAUGAAUUGUUGGGAGAUCUUUGUGAUACAAUGAAAGGGGAACUGACAUUUAUUUCUGAAAUACAAGAGGAAGUCAAUUUGCUAUAGACUAUUCAUAAAUGGAAUUGGCACCACAUAAUCAAAUUCUACACAAUGUUUCCGCUUCCCCCCCCCAACUCAUAAGACUUUAGAAGGACAUGAAGAUAAUAGCAUUCCCUAUAGCAAGGCUGAGCAAACCAGAAAUUUGUUCUGCCAGAAGAUACAAGACUUCCAAUUUUCAAAUAUAUCCCCUUGAGGGGAUCCUAGGAUUGUUUUGUUGCAUAGUGAGGUAGGACAAUCAUCCAACAGAUGACUGGUUACUAUUUCCUAAUCCUAUUAGGUUAUAGAUUGAUAUGCUACAUUUGAAAUCUAUUUUUUUUUCAAGAGUUAUGUGCAACACACCUGGUUUUCCCACUCACACCUAUUUUAUUCUCACAACCACCGUCUAAGCCCAGGUUACAUAAAAACCUCCCUCAAAAUAAGGAUGAAGAUCUGGAGCUAAGUUUUCACAGUCGUUGUUGUCCAAGGCUCACAAGUUGUUACAAGACUUUUAUUCUUCCCAAGUAUGGAUUUAAAGAAUAAGCAGUGCUUUAUUGGUAGGUCAAUGCAAUGAAGGCUUUUCUAGCAUUGGCAAUAAACGCAGAGAAAUUGUUGGUUUCUCUCACUUUCCGCUGCAGUUCUUCUGUGCAGUCCAAGGGAGGAGAACAAGAAACCACUAGGAAGAAGCAGUGAAUUAAAUUCUUUUAAAAAAUUGAAAAUAAGACAUCCUAACAUGCUGUGGUGAAAUCUUCCCUGGUUUGCCACCGUUUCGUUGCACACUGCGCACGCAUGCACAAUACACACCAAAUGCAUGCUUUGUGUGGACAAAGGAGGCUUGGGAAGGUAAGUAGUUUUUAAAUCGUGCGGCACAGCUGAUCGUCGGAAAUACCAGUUCAGAGGAACUGGUAGCUUUUUUUAAACUAAGGAUUCGCCUGAACCAGUAGUUUUUAUCACUAUCAGUUCGCCUGAACCGGUGCGAACUGGUAGCAUUUAGUUUUUAUCACUCAGUUGGCCCGGACUGGUAGCAUUUCACCACUGCUAACAUGAUAUAUUACAUUUGGACACUUGGACACAUAAAAGUCAGACAGCGACAUAGCAAAGAAUAUCCUGCAUUCACUUCUCAUAAUUUUCUAUCUCAACAUAAGACCAAGAAACACAUCUGUGGGCAGUUGGAUGCUGGCUUCACAUUAUCAGCUAUCUCUUAUACUGUAAGUGAUUGUGAAAGUUUUAAGUCUUGAUGGCUUUUAUUAAAAUAUAUAUUACUCUA